CCCCUAACUCCAUUUACUUGCUGCCGCCUGUUCUGAAGUCAGGCUCGCCGACUCAACCUGGCUAUUGGAACGAUUGGCGCACUCAUUAUCUUUCACUCUUUGUAUACCCAUGGGACCUCCAACCAACCCGCCUUCUUAUAUACCUCUCACCUCUACACGUGAAGAUCACUCCAGCACAUUACCUUCGCCACCAUUAUCACGAUCCUCCAAUGACUCUGAAGAAGAAUUGCGCGCGUUAGAGAUGUCGGAGGGCCUUGCCGAGAGUGGCCAGCGAGGGCGAGGACGGUCUUACUCCAUGUCUGGUUUCGCAUUCGAAGACGGUCUCUUACCACUUACUGCAAGUGAGGCAGAACCGGAGGAGGUGAGGACCCUGAGCGGCGAGAAGAAGGAUAUCAGUCUCUUGAACGCCAUUGCCCUCUGUGUGGGCCUACAGAUUGGAUCCGGUAUCUUCUCUUCUCCAGGAGUGGUGGUGGCGAACACACACAGCGUCGGCGCUAGUCUGAUUGUCUGGUUGUUGUCUGGAUUACUUGGCUGGACAGGGGCCAGUAGCUUUGCAGAGUUAGGCUCUGCCAUUCCCCUCAAUGGUGGUGCUCAGGCAUAUCUUGCUUACGCCUAUGGUCCACUGGUCUCAUAUUUAUUCGCGUGGACAGCAAUCGCGGCCCUAAAACCAGGUUCCAACGCCGUGAUUAGUCUGAUAUUCGCCGAGUAUCUGAAUAGACUGUUUUGGCAUGCGACGAAGAGCGAUGUGGCACCGGAUGCCAUUCCUCAAUGGGCCAUACAAAUAACCGCCAUCGUUUCUGUCAUCGUAGUGACUCUUGUCUGUGUUGCCACACGUAGUUUGGGCACUCGGACGGCUGUAGUAUUUACGACUGUAAAGAUCAUCGCACUAAUAUCUGUCACUGUGCUUGGCCUCAUUCAAUUAAUCCGCGGAAAAGCCUCAACUUCUCUCACCACCAAUAUGUUUGAAGGGUCGAGUACGAACCCGUCCUCGUACGCCUUGGCAUUGUACUCAGGCUUGUGGUCAUUCGAUGGGUGGGAUCAAGCCAAUUACGUCGGAGGAGAGAUGAAGAAUCCGGAGAAGAAUAUCCCUAGAACUAUACACUCCAGCAUGUUAAUCGUCACGGUUUUAUUUCUUUUGGCAAAUGUAUCAUAUUUCGUGGUCCUGGAUAAAGAUACCGUAGGACUCAGUAAUACCGUUGCUCUCGACUUUGGGAGAGCACUUUUCGGACCUCUUGGUGGAUCGCUUUUUGCUCUCAUGGUUUCGUUUUCAGCAGCGGGAGCCUUGAAUAGUUCAUUUUUUACUUCGGGUAGAAUCAUCUGCGCUGCCGGUCGAGAAGGAUAUCUUCCUGCAGUCUUUGGCAAGCUUCACAAAACACGGGGGACACCUCUGAACGCCAUGCUUCUCCAUGCUGCUAUCACGAUCCUGUUCAUCCUGCUCGGUGGCGGGUUUAGAUCUCUGAUCAACUUCGCCGUCGUAGCAUCUUGGGCAUUCUACUUUCUCACUGUAUUGGGUUUGGUGAUCCUGCGCAUCAAGGAACCAGGGCUGGAAAGACCCUACAGGUGCUUCAUUACAACGCCUCUGAUAUUCUGUGCCGUUGCUCUCUUCUUGCUAUGCAUGCCGAUUAUCGCAGCACCUUUAGAGGCUAUGGCCGUUCUCGGUUUCGUCUUGGUUGGUGUACCCAUAUACUACAUCACUCAACGGGCAGGGAGUAUAACACUUCCCCGACAGCUUUCAUUCUUGUCCUCCUGGAUCGAUCGCGUUCGAGGCCGACCAAGAACUGCACCGGGAUUCGGAUGGGAAGCGGUGGCUACUGAGCAUCCGGACGGUCAGUAGUUAUGUAGAGGAUGCGUGGGCCGAUGCGGUGUCUCGUUGUAGGAUGGCAGCUCCUGAGUUCAUUCAGAACUGAGCUAUCUGAUUCGUCCGUGCAAUGUACAGGGGUUACCUACCCACUGUCACCAUAAC